CUGAGGAUGCUACUGAAAAAAGAAAAGCUGAUAGUCAUGGCACUUGUGGAUGUGUUCCUCGUGGUCAAGUAUGUGUCGCACGUUUUGUUCGUGAUGAUGUGGUUCGUUGUUGUAACAAUGACAUCUGCCGUCGCGGUCCUAGUAGUAUGGGGAACCUUGGUUAUUGCGGUUGUAUUCCUGGUGGUGAAAGUUGUUAUAGUGGUGUGAAUCAUUGCUGUGAAGGCUUUACUUGUAAUCGUGUUGUUGAUGGACGAGGACGAUAUGAAGGUUAUUUUUGUCAGGAAGAGUAUGUUACAUUAAAACAGUGUUUCGAACAGUUCUAUUGA